ACGAAACCGGACGUGACGUACUCACCGGCCCUUGGUUGCUGCUCGCAGCUCUUCCACACAGGCUCCAGUUUGUCGUCUUUUUUAGGCAAACAUUCAAAGACUUUUCGUGAUCGAGGCGACCGCUGGCUCUACGGCGGAGGAAGCAGCAGGAUGUCCACGGCACUGGAGAGCUACAUUAACCGUACGGUGGCCAUCGUGACGUCAGACGGCAGGAUGAUCGUGGGCACGCUCAAGGGCUUCGACCAGACCAUCAACUUGAUCCUGGACGAGAGUCAUGAACGCGUGUUCAGCUCAGGUCAGGGCGUGGAGCAAGUGGUUCUGGGACUUUACAUCGUCCGGGGAGACAACGUCGCUGUGAUCGGCGAGAUCGACGAGGAGACGGACUCCACGCUGGAUCUGGGGAACAUCCGAGCAGAGCCGCUCAACUCCGUCGUCCACUGAUCUUGAAACCACCACCAUUGUGUUUUUUUUAAGAUAUAUAUAUAUAUAUAUAUAUAUAUAUAUCAUGUUCUGUUCAGUGAUGUUUUAUGCGUUCCAUGAUUUAAUAAAGUUUGUGAAAUAUGGACACAAUGCAA